UUCUGACUGAGUGGGAGGGAGGGAGUGGAGGCUGCCAGGGGAGCCGCUCAGGGCACAAGCAGGACAGAAAGACUUUAUAUUAAAUAAUUGGUGAAAAAGAAGAGCACUUCGCUUCUUUUUCUGGAGCCUGUGCUUGCCUCCCUACCCUUGUUGCCUAGUUUUUCUCCCCUAAUAUAUACAUGGAUCUCUUUAAUAUCUGCAACAUGCUCCAGACUUUACCUCAUGCUAUUUAAUUUCUAGCAGCCAGGACAUAAUUUACUGUAGGUUAAAUGAAGCAAGCAGCAAGAGAGCUGAGAAGCAGAGUCAUUGAACUCCUCCGUCUGCUUCCUCCGUUCUUCUUCUGCCUGUAGAAUAAAGAGAAUCCACACUCUUCUGUAGUAAGAAAAUCUCCUUUUAACAUUGAAUAGACAUACAUACCAAAAAGUAAUACAAAGACCUUCACAGAUGAAGUGUGAAAACUGCACCAAAAAGGAAUGUAGUAAAAAACAGAAAAAUGAUGACAAGCAAAAUACAUUGGUUGAUCCACUGAGCACAAAUGAUGAAAACGAGGAGAAAAAUGAAUUUCAUAAAUUGGCUGGUGCUAAAAUAUUCCUUAGUGACUGCCUAGCUUGUGACAACUGUGUGACAUCAGAGGAAGGUGUCAGGAUUUUCCAGCAGAAUCAGAAGGAAUUCUUUCGCAUACUCAACCUUAACAAGAAAUGUGAUACCUCAAAACACAAAGUGUUGGCAGUGUCUGUAUGCACUCAGUCAUUGCCUUAUUUUGCUGCUAAAUUCCGUCUCUGUGUAAACGAUGCAGCCAAGAGACUCUGUGGUUUCCUCAAAAGUCUUGGGGUGCAUUAUGUAUUUGACACCACUAUAGCUGCUGAUUUCAGUAUCCUGGAGAGCCAGAAGGAAUUUGUGCAGCGGUAUCGACAGCGGAACCAGGAGGAACAUGCCUUACCAAUGUUUGCGUCUGCUUGUCCUGGUUGGAUCCGGUAUGCUGAAAGGGUGCUUACCAACCCAGUGACUCCACACAUUUGCACUGCGAAGUCUCCGCAGCAGAUCAUGGGGUCCCUGGUGAAGGGUUACUUUGCCAGGCAACAGAACCUAUCUCCAGAUAAAAUUUUCCAUAUAAUCGUGGCUCCUUGCUAUGACAAAAAAUUAGAAGCACUACGGGAAGAUUUUUACACCCCCUUGUAUAACUCUCAAGACGUUGAUUGUGUUCUAACAUCAGGUGAAAUUGUCCAAAUAAUGGAGCAGAAAAAUGUAUCUAUGAAAGAAGUGGCUGAAGUGGCUGUAGACAGUUUGUUUGGUGAAAUAAAGGAGGAGGAUGUAGUACGGCAUGAUGGGAGGAGAUCUGAUGGGUACCUGGAGCACAUCUUUAAACAUGCUGCCAAGGAGCUGUUUGAUAUGGAUGUCAAGGAAAUCACCUACAAAACACUAAAAAACAAGGACUUCCAGGAGGUCAGCUUGGAAAAGGAUGGUGAGACAGUGUUGCGCUUUGCAGCUGCAUAUGGCUUCAGGAACAUCCAGAACGUGGUCCUGAAGCUGAAAAAGGGAAAGUUCUUGUAUCAUUUUGUGGAGGUUCUUGCCUGCCCUGGAGGGUGUUUAAAUGGAAAAGGCCAAGCCCAGACUGAAGAUGGAAAACCUGACAAAGUAUUGCUCAGCCAGAUGGAGGAACUGUAUGCUGCAAUUCCUGUCCGGCUUCCAGAAACCAGCAUGCAUGUGCAAAAGCUGUACCAGGACUGGCUGGAAGGGAUGGACUCCAAGAAGGUCCAGGAAACUCUGCACACCGGAUACUGUGCAGUAAAUCAAACAGCAAGCAGCAUGGAUAUCAAGUGGUGACAAAUCAGGCUUACGAAAGAUGAAAAAACUUGCAUAGGUUAGUUAUGAACUCAGCACUGGAAACGUUCUAUGCAAUUGAGGGAUGCUAUGCACUAGCCAAGCGUACGACCAGUACACUUUCUAAAUUGUGGAAUAUUACUUACUUAAUACAAAGAACCAUUGCUCAUUUUUUUU